CAGCCCUGAGCCACACCCGUCCUCCCACCCCACCGCCAGGGCCGAACCACCGCAACUUCCAAGCCCGGAAGUUACACGUGUCCGUGCUUUUGCGCAACUUCCGGGGGGUCUUCCUUUGGGAAAGCGACUCGGAAGUGCAGAGGAUCGCCAUCUGUUUCUAACUUCGCUCCAUCCCCCCCUCCGCGGCCCGAAACUCCAGAGCAGGGGUCCGAUCAUGAGCGUGCUGAGCGGCCUGGCCUCCGAGCCGCGCACCCCGCUGUCCGGCAAGGCCAGGAUGAAAAGGCUCCCGAAGAAGAGCCAGAACGAGAAGUACCGGCUGAAGUACCUGCGGCUGCGCAGAGCCGCUAAGGCCACGGUGUUUGAAAAUGCUUCUAUCUGUGAUGAAAUUGCUCGUCUUGAGGAAAAAUUUCUUAAAGCAAAAGAAGAAAGAAGAUACUUGCUGAAGAAGCUCCUCCAGAUUCAUGCUCUAACUGAAGGGGAACCCCAGGCUGCCGCUCCUUCUCACAGCAGCUCCAGUUUGCCCCUGGCUUACGGCAGCGUCGCCAGCUCUUCAGGAACUAUCCAGGGAGCCGGGCCCAGCACUGGGGCUGAGGAGCCAUUUGCGAAGAAAUCCAAGAAGGAGAAGAAGGAAAAGGGCAAAGAGAACAGCAAACUGGAAGCUCUGAAGAAAACAUCCAAGAAAAAGAAAAUGGAGGGAGGUGCUCGCAAGCUGGUUCGGCCCAUUGCCCUGGAUCCCUCAGGACAGCCUGUGUUCCCCAUCGGACUAGGGGGUCUGACAGUUUAUAGCCUGGGGGAGAUCAUCACCAACCGACCUGGCUUCCAUGAUGAGAAUGCCAUCUAUCCUGUGGGCUACUGCAGUACCCGAGUGUAUGCCAGCAUGAAGUGCCCAGACCAGAAGUGUCUGUAUACCUGUCAGAUCAAGGACGGCGGUGUGCAGCCUCAGUUUGAAAUUGUUCCUGAAGAUGACCCCCAGAAUACCAUCGUAGGCUCCUCUGCCGAUGCCUGUUAUGAAGAACUGCUCAGAGCCAUCAGUGCCACAACGGGGAAAUUGAUGCCUAACCCACUUUCAUGUGGUGCCGACUUCUUUGGGUUUUCCCAUCCAACCAUCCACAGCCUGAUUCAGAGCUGUCCAGAAGCUCAAAACUGUGUCAAUUACCAGUGGGUGAAAUUUGAUGCGUGCAAACCCAGGAAGGGGCAGCUCUCUCAGGAACUGCCACCAGAGUUCCUGACACAUGAACCCCUGGUUGACACUGACCUGCAGCACCUGAAAUCUCCAUCCCAGUGUAGCCCAAUUCAGUCUUCAGAUUGACCAGGAAGGGUGGAGCCCACUUCCUUCUCCUCAAGAGUUUUAAACUAAAACUCACUCUGGAAGAAGGCAGCAGCUGAGAAACAUCAUGGAUGUUCAUGUGCUAACAGUGCACCCCAGGGUAAACCUCAGUUGCUUUUAUUUUUAGUAAUAAAUAUAUCUUGGCAGUUUCAG